AUGCGGGGAUAUCUGCGAGUGAAGUAUGAUGGUAACCUAGGAUUCGUCACCGACACAGAUUGGACAGAAGAAGAUGCUACAAUAGCAUGUAAACAGGUUGACAGCGCGCUCGACGCCGGAUUCCCAAUUUUGGGGGAAUUUAGAAGAUGGCUUGGACACAACGUCUCCACGAUACGAAGUUGGUACCAAUACCAUCCUGUAUUCCUCUCGGCGCCCGAAUGCAAUGGCACCGAGAGAUCUCUCCAUCAGUGUCCGAAUGCCCGUCGGUACCCUGGGCCAGGGAAUUAUUCAAACCUUGCUGCGGCUUUCUGUUACAAAAAGGAGUUAGCGUCAGUGAAAUCUGACGACUUCAGUAUCGAUCCCUCUACAUCUAAGGUAUACAUUAAGUAUUUGGAGGUGUUGGGAUAUGUCUGUGCAUCUGGCUGGAGCCAGAAUGCUGCCAACGUCCUCUGUCGGCAAAAAAAGACCUUCCACUGGGCGAACCCGAUCGACUUCGGUGUGGUUUGGGAUCGGCGAAACAGGCCGAUAUGGAUAAAGGAAUUGAAUUGCACUGGAGCGGAAACAUCUCUUGACCAAUGUAACCUUGGAAAGCUCAAGAUACACGUUGACUGUGCAAAUGUUUCAACAGUUUCCUGUCACAAGGUCCGACCUGGCCAUUUCUCUAUCGAGUCUUCGGCCGUCCUCCUUACAUAUCGGGGCCAGAAGGGGUAUGUCUGUGCCACUGGUUGGACUCAGCUCGCCGCUGACGUGCUUUGUCGGAAGAGAGGAUUCCACUGGGCUCAGCCUGUGGGCUCCGGCUCGCCAGUUACGGGGAAUGACAAGCCCGUUUGGAUAAAAGCUGUCAACUGCAGCGGCACAGAGGAAUCACUGGCCAAAUGUUAUUUGGGUACACCUGGUCCACAUACGGAUUGCUUAAAAUAUGCUGAAGUCGUAUGUGGCAACGAUGUUACGGCUAGCCAGUUUUGGAUUUCUUCAUCAACCGUUGUCGUCAAGUAUUUUGAUGAAAACGGAUAUGUCUGCGCCGCUAAUUGGACUCAACAAGCUGCUGACGUACUUUGCCGGCAAAAUAGUUCCCACUGGGCUCAACCGAUAGGCCCCGGGUCUGAUGUGAGUGAUAAUGUCAAACCAGUCUGGAUGAGCAAUAUCACCUGCAUCGGGAAUGAGACAACACUGGACCACUGCAUCUUGGGAAGACCGAGGAAUCAUACGGACUGCACAAAGUAUGCUGAGGUUGUUUGUGGCAAGAAUGGUAAGAAAACCUCGAAUUGA